AUGGAUGCCUCCAACCCCGCGCUGUCCAGCACAUCCGAAGCAAAAUAUAUCAACUUCCCCAGUCUUCCCGAUGACGCAAAACACGACGACGGCACGCUUGCGCUGAAUAGAUACUCGUCCUAUAUCACUCGCGGCCAUGACUUCCCUGGUGCCCGGGCAAUGCUGUUCGCGGCGGGUAUCCCAGAUCGCGAUGCCAUGACAAAGAGCCCCCAGGUUGGUGUUGCCAGUGUCUGGUGGGAGGGAAACCCGUGCAACAUGCACCUGUUGGAUUUGGGCAAGACGGUCAAGAAAGCCGUCACGGAGCAGGGCAUGAUCGGAUGGCAGUAUAACACGAUUGGGGUUUCGGAUGGGAUUACGAUGGGUAGUGAUGGGAUGCGAUUUUCUCUGCAGACGCGCGAGAUCAUCGCCGAUAGUGUCGAGACAGUGACAUGUGCGCAGUACCAUGAUGCCUGUAUUGCCAUCCCUGGAUGUGACAAGAACAUGCCUGGCGUGGUGAUGGGCAUGGCACGGCACAAUCGGCCGUCGAUCAUGAUCUACGGUGGCACGAUUCAGAUCGGCUAUUCCAAUCUCCUGCGGAAGCCUAUCAACGUGUCGUCUUGUUUCGAGGCCGCGGGCGCAUAUGCAUACGACACUUUGCGCCAACCGGACGACGGAGGCGAUACCAGCAAGACCAAGGAUGAGAUCAUGGAUGACCUGGAGAGACACGCGUGCCCCACGGCAGGCGCCUGCGGAGGCAUGUUCACGGCAAACACGAUGGCCACGGCGAUCGAGUCGAUGGGGCUGUCUCUGCCCGGAUCAUCGUCGACACCUGCGUCGUCGCCAUCGAAGAUGCGGGAGUGCGUCAAGGCGGCUGAAGCCAUCAAGGUCUGCAUGGAGAAGAACAUCAAGCCCCGAGAUCUGUUGACCAAGCGGUCAUUUGAGAACGCCCUGGUUAUGACCAUGGCGCUGGGCGGAAGCACCAAUGGUGUCUUGCAUUUCCUCGCCAUGGCCAGGACGGCCGAGGUGGAUCUCACCUUGGAUGAUAUCCAGCGAGUGAGCAAUAAGAUCCCCUUCAUCGCGGAUCUGGCUCCGAGCGGGAAGUACUACAUGGCGGACCUGUAUGAUAUCGGAGGCAUUCCGUCUGUGCAGAAGCUGCUGAUCGCAGCGGGUCUCCUCGACGGCGAUAUCCCCACAGUCACUGGCAAGACGUUGGCCGAGAACGUUGCCUCCUUCCCAUCGCUGCCUCAAGAUCAAGUCAUCAUUCGCCCUCUCGAUAAGCCCAUCAAGGCGACUGGGCACCUGCAGAUCUUGCGCGGAAACCUGGCACCUGGAGGAGCAGUCGCCAAGAUCACCGGAAAGGAGGGAACCAAAUUCACAGGCAAAGCCCGUGUCUUUAAUAAGGAGCAUCAAUUGAACGAUGCUGUGACCCAGGGCAAAAUUCCUCGUGGCGAGAACCUGGUGCUUAUUGUCCGUUACGAAGGCCCCAAGGGCGGACCGGGUAUGCCGGAACAGCUCAAAGCCAGUGCAGCGCUCAUGGGAGCCAAGCUCAACAACGUGGCGCUGAUCACAGAUGGGCGAUACUCAGGAGCCAGUCACGGGUUCAUCGUCGGCCAUAUUGUCCCCGAAGCUGCAGUUGGCGGACCGAUUGCUGUUGUCCGUGACGGCGAUGUGAUUACCAUCGAUGCGGAGACCAACACCAUCAGCAUGGAUGUUUCGGACGAGGAGAUUCGACAGCGUCUGAAGGAAUGGAAGCCCCCAACGCCCCAUGUCACACGUGGCGUACUAGCCAAGUAUGCCAGGCUGGUUGGAGAUGCCUCUCAUGGCGCGAUGACGGAUCUAUUCUAG